AUGUGUGACUAUAGCUUUCAAGGAGUUCCUCGAAGUAGCGUAAAUCUGGGUACAACCAAGUAUCAGUUGCAUCCUCAGCAGCAGGUGAACGAGUAUCAUGCUGGACAAUAUGCGCCUGCCAACUAUUUGCAUCUCAAGAGUCCGUCAGACAACAGAGGCAAUCACGGAAGCAAGUUUGAUUACGUGUCACCCAGUCAACAAUACUCGUCGCAUCUGACACAGCAACAGUCAUAUGCAGCACCGUACAGCUAUGCGUCAUACGCGCAGAAUUAUGCUAGCACUGGAGAUUACUCACAGCAGUCGCACCACCAUCACCAAUCGUCGCAACAGCAGUAUCACGGAGUUUAUGGUCAAGUGGGUGAAACAAAUUCUUUAGGCAUGCUGGUAAGUUCGGCGACGAACCCCCAGGCAUCUCACGAUGCCAUGCCACAUGACCAUGUAAAUAUUGGGCAUAAGGACGCAGGAGACCGUAAGUUUAGGCAGCCGUACGGUGUGGUAGCAACCGACUCGUUUCUGAGCUCUAAUGGCGGCUAUGUGCACGGUAUCGAGCGUUCUGGUAACGUAGUGCCGAUCAAAACGAUGCCCAGCAGUUCUCAGCAGCAACAGCCAAUGUACCAGCGUUCGAAUAUGUACGGUAGUGAAGCGGCGUACUUCUCACAGCAGCAACAGGUGCAGCAUCAGCGAACGCAGGAUACAUCCCAACAGCACAACCCAUUAGAUUUGGUGCCUCCUAGCGCUGCAAUGGGAGCUAGCUAUGACAACGGCAAUGCAACAUCUUCGAAUAUGGGACGUGGCAUGAACAGUGGUAUGUUUAGUGUUGGACCGCGGAUGCCGCAGUUCAGUCCUAGUGCCUCGGGCUCCUCCUUGACGACGCGAUUAAAGGACGGGGGUGUGGACAUUUUGACUGGCGCUUCUUCCAAUGGCAGCCACGUAUCGUAUAUGCAGCAGCAGUCUGCCGCGAAGUCGAUUGAGCAUACCCACUCAACCUCGCUGUAUGCAGAUGUUGCCAGCUCAACGACGUCCAUGUCAAUGGUAAGCUUAUCAUCGGAAGGUCCGACGACGACAUCAAUCAAUGCAAAUGCUUUGUACCCGCCGUCAUUGGCACCACCUCCGUCUCAACUCAACACAAGCGGUGAAGACACGUGCGGUUUGUGCAGUGGCACACAUAGCGAUAGGAUUGCUAACCACUGCGGCCAUCGUUUUCAUGCUCAGUGUCUGCACACAUGGGGAGGAUUGACAUCAUGCCCAAUGUGCGCCCAGACAUCCAACACUAUCACAAACGUUGCGCAGGUGAACGCGGGGAAUUAUGAUAUCGGGGGAGAGACUGUUUCUGCAAUAUCACAAGGCUCGGCAGUCCAAGGAGAUAUGUCAUUGGGUAGUGGUGGUACUAUCAACAACAGCAGUACUAACAUUGGCAGCAAUGCUGUGCCGACAAAUACUGUGGGGUCCUCGCAAGGUGCAGCAAUCAAUAACCUGCAACUAAGCAAUACUGUGCCAGGAGGGCGGCCACCUCCUAUUGAUACGCGCAUUCUUGAUAACCGUAUGGGGCCAUCGACACUAAGCGGGGGAAAGCGUAGCGCGACGUCCACUCGGUCAGGUUCCAGUAGUAGUGGGCGCGUGCGCAAAAACAAGAAGUUAAAAGACUGCUCUGUGCCCGGCUGCGAUCGUACAGUUCGCUCGCGAGGACUUUGCAAAGGUCAUGGCGGUGGCCGCCGCUGCGGAUUUGCUGGUUGCGGGCUUAGCGAUCAAGGUGGUGGCUUCUGCAUUAGUCAUGGUGGCGGUAAGCGUUGCCAGCACGAGGGUUGCGACAACUCGGCUCAGUCACGUGGGUUGUGCAAGCUACAUGGAGGUGGUAGUCGGUGCACGGUACUGAACUGCACAAAAAGCUCUCAAGGCCGUGGACUGUGUCGUGCCCACGGUGGCGGCCGUCGUUGUAUGGUCGAUGGUUGCAAUAAGACGGAUCGCCGUGCCGGCUACUGCGUGACCCAUGGUGCAGACAAGAAGUGUGUCAUUCCCGAGUGCUCCAAGACGGGUCGCAUCGACAACAUGUGCACGAAACACUACUUUGAGCGCCACCCAGCGCAGCCGCCAGGAACCGUGAGCACGACACCUCCUCCUGUCAUCACUGUGAACGCUAAUACAAGCGCAGCAAGAGCUCGCGCUGAGAGAAAUAAAGCAGCGGAACAGCAAGUUGACACCAACUACGCGGGCACGUCUUCAGUGAUGCUUGCUGGGUCUGUUCCAACGCCAUUUGACGGACGAUUAGGUGGGACAAUGGCCAAGACUGAGCCGUUUUAG